GAGUCUCGCGUUAUUUGAUUGUAGCGACCGUGAGCUAACAGUUUCUGUCGAUCGUUAGCUACAGAUAAAUUUUGAUGCCUCCAAAAAUAUUCCUUCAGCAGAAUUGAAAAACGAAUAGAAUCGUCUCCAGAUAUAUUUGAUUGGACGUGACACAGCAAUCUGAACACCUGGCGUCUUUUAAAUGCACGUAAAACCAGGAAGGAGGGACCAGACGACCAGGCGGCUUGGCCUCAAGGGUUGCUCCAUUUCAGCGAGCAUUUAUUCAGAAAAACGAACCUCGUCCAGUCUUGUGAAAACAGGGGAGAAGAAUAUUUAUACUGGCCUAAGUCCAAAGAUGUCAAAGGCUUUGGAUUCUCCGGCUUGGUCCCGCUCCAGAUCAAGGUCCAGAUCCAGAUCAUACUCCAGAUCACACUCUAGAAGCCGCUCCCGCUCAAGAUCCAGAAAACGCCGCUAUAGCUCUAGGUCUCGUUCACGCUCUCGUUCUCACUCUCCGUCCUACAGAAACUAUCCCUCCAGGGACUACCAGAACAACAGAGGUGGGUUCAGAGGGUACAACCGAGGCUACCGGAGGCCCUACCACUAUCGUGGCAGAAAUCGAGGCUAUUACCAACGUGGUCAUUACCAGAACAGGGGAGGAGGUGGUGGCUAUGGCUAUAAGGCUAAUUGGCAGGGUGGUGGCGGAGGCUGGCACGAUCGCCAUCAUGAUCAGGAUCACCACUCGCACAGCCCCAGGAGGGGGCGCUCACGCUCACGCACACCAAGGAAGCGCUCAGGCAGCCGGAGCCGCUCCCACUACUCUGACCGCUCAUCUUCAGGGAGGUCUCGGCGCUCCAGGCGCUCCAGCUGCUCCUCGCGGUCUCGGUCCUCUUCACCACAUCAUCGCAGCAGCAAGGGCAAGCAUGGCUCUAAAGAUGCUAAGGACAAAUUAGCAGAAAGCCAAGCAGAGAAGUCAGGUCAGCCAGCAGACGGCAGUGUCAUCGAGAAGGCAUCUGGAGGAAAAUGGAUUGACUAUGACACCAGCCCGAAACGAACCAGUCCAGAGGCUAAGAAAGAGGAUGAUUCCACUCGUGUUGAUGGUAAAGGAUCUGGGACUGGCGGUCCUCUGUGGAAAACCAUCGGCAGCACAUCGUCCCCCCCAGCAAAGAGCCCCACAAAGUCAGGACCAGCAGCCUCCUUCAGUGGUUUUGGUUUCUUCUCAAAGGAAGAUGCCAAAGCUGGAGACAAGGCUAUGAUCUCUGCUGCCUUCAAAAAGUUCUUGGCUGAGAAUAAAAACAAAAAGCAGGCUGCUGAAAAGGAGAACGGUCGCGAUAAGGAGCAGAGCGCUAUGGAUAGAGAACGAGAGAAAGCAAGCAAGUCUGGAGACCUUUUCAACAUCUCGUCCACUUCUUUCAGCGACUCCAAGGAAGACAAGACCGUGCCUUUCUUUGAGGACGGAGAAGAGGAGUUCCUCAAGUCUCACGGGCUGAAGGAGAGGGACACUGAUGAGGAUGGCGAGAUCAAAACCACCCUCACGGCUCGGGACAUUUUCGGGAAGUGGGGCGAUGAGCCAAGCUAUUCAACCUCCUACCCGUCAGUUAAAGAGAAAAGCCGGAGAGAUGAAGACGUUGAGAUAGAACACAUGGAGGAGGAGUUAUUCCGAAAUCGCAAGCACAGCUCCAAGAAGGAGGAGAAGUCCAAGAAGAAGGAGAAGAAAGAAAAGGAGAAGUCCAGAAAGAGUCCGUCCCCGCCCACGACUUCCAGAGAGAAGGAGCGGCCGCUGUUCCCGGGAGCUUUCCCUCCUCGUGAGGAGUCGCCUGUGCGGCCCCUGUCUUCGUCAAGGGAGGAAUUUGAACUCAAAAUUGGUUCAUUAGAUGAAAUGCCCGGCUCUUCCCUGUCCCGAGAUCUGCUCACUAAGAAAGAACCAGAGUUUCGUUCAAUUUUCCAGCAUAUUCAGUCAACACAGCUCCGUCGCAGCCCCUCUGAGCUUUUUGCUCAGCACAUAGUCUCAAUUGUCCACUACAUCAAAGCUCAUCAUUUCCACUCCUCAGACAUGACUUUAAGUGAACGGUUUGCGAUUUACCAAAGAAAAGCUGCAGAAGCAGAAAUAAGGAGGCCAAGGAAGAGCCCAGAGAUCCACAGGAGAAUCGAUGUUUCCCCCAGUGCCUUUAAGAGGCACUCUCAGCUGUUUGAGGAUAUGGAGGAAACGAGCUACAAGGAUCCAAGUCAAAGGUUCAAAGGAGACGUGAUGGACCUUCGCCUGGAUAUUGAAAGGCGUAAGAGGUUUGCUGGAAAGGAGCGCGACUACAAGCGAGAAGGAGGCAGGAGCCCAGGAGGCUCCCGAGGACCGAGCAGAGAGAGGUCCUCUGAGAAAUCUGGGAAGCACCACAAGAAAUCCAAGAAGGGUAAAAAGAAGCGUGAUCGUUCUCCAUCCUCCUCCUCCUCUUCAUCCUCUCCAUCCCCUUGUCCUCCUCCAUUCAGGGGUAAAGAGUACAUGGGAGAGGGGAUGGAGCACUCGGAGGAGGGCUACAGUCACACACGUUAUCCCCCACGGGACUACGGUGGCCCUCGGGAUUACGAGGGCCACAACCCAGAGAGGGGCCGAGGUCGUGGAUUUUUCCCCAGAGUGAGAGGGAGAGGUUGGAACAGGGGAAAUUAUCCAGGCAACAACAGCAAUGGAAACCCUGCUAAUAUGAAUCCUCCAGUGCGCCCCCCAGAGGAAGAGUGGGACCCUGAAUACACUCCCAAGAGCAGGAAAUACUACCUGCAUGAUGAUCGCGACGGCGAGAAGACCUGGAUAGACAACCGUGGCAGAGGCCGGGGCUCCUUCCCGACUCGCCGCGGACGCUUCGUCUACCGUAAGGGAGGCAGCAGCCCGAAGUGGACCCACGACAUGUUCCAGGGGGGAGAAGAGGGAGUGCUGGGAGACGACAACAUAGAAGUAGACCAAAAAGAAACCAAGAAUGCUGGAGACGCCUCCGCCCUGAAGUAGGAGAGCACUCACUCCAUCAUCUACAUGUUCGUGAGCAUCUGAGAGCUGACCGAACGGUGACCGUGAUGAUGAAAGGGUUAUUCUUAAUUUUUUUUCUCCCCUCCACAUCAUCCCGUCAUUUAAUGGAUGAAACGUGUUCAGUGAGUUUGAGCCUCCCCACAGUUAAACUCAUACCUUCGUAUGUGAGUUUUUUACGUGGCGGUUUUGUUUUGCAGCUGGUUGGCUUCAUCGUGUCUUUUUUAAGGGAGAAAUUUCUGAGGCAACAAAGUUCAAAGGUUAAUAUUCUCCAAAAGCAUGAGAAGAAAAAAUAUAAGAAAAGCAUUUGUGCCUUAGAAAAUAAUAAUAGUUAUAAAUCGGGUUCAAAGUAGACGUACGACUGUGUACCCGUUUGUCAGUGUAGGAGGGCAUUCGAUGAUGUCCAUUUAAAUGUUUUUGUUUUUUCUGUUUGGUUUCGGGGCUGUAAUAAAUCUUCGAUGUUAAUGCAUGAAAUAUUUGAUUCAUACCUCGCUCUGCGGGACCAAUCAGCAGCGGGCUCAGGGCUCCUGACCGUCAAAUUAUCACCCAUAAAAGUUACUUUCUGUCAAACCCCUGAACGAUUGGUUUGUCACUUGUAUUAUCUGAGCUUUGAUAUAGUGCCACUUCACCUGUACUUGUUAUUAGGAAGUGAAAACUUUAUUAUGUGUAUGUGCUUCAGUAUAUCCUCAUCAGUUGUGGAUGUUUUCAGUUAAAAAAAAAAAAAGUUGUGAAAAGUGAGGAAUCGGCACCAGAAUAUCCUGAUUUGCUUUAGACAGAUGAACAUGUAGAUUUCUUUCUUCUGAUGCACCAAUUUAGGUAAGUGACUAAUUUUGGUUAGUUUUUAAUUUAAAAAAAUGGAUAGUUAUCGCAACAGGCUCAUGCUCGUAUAGAAUAAGACCUAAAUUAUUGUAAGCAUAUCAUCUGUGGGCAGAGAAAACUAGAAAUUGCUGUUAGGGUUCUGUUGCAGUAGUUGUCUCCCAGAUAAAAAGACAAGCAGUUUAAUCUCCCGUCAGAGAGCCUAAACAUGAAAAAGUGAAGCAAAACUCUUAAAGUCUGUCAUAAUAUUUUAUCAGAGACAAAGGUAAAAGUGUGAAUUUUUAAGAAGAGUCAACACAAACAAGCUGAACUGGAUUUGUGACUCUCAGUGCUGCUUCGUCCCACUUUUGACUGUACAUACUGCAUGUACUAAACAGAACUGUAGGACUGUGUAAUUUUUUUUGUUAAGUCUGAAGCUGAAAACUUUUUUACUGUUCUCCAGAGCUUUGAAGUACUUGUCUUUUAAUUUUCAAUAGACUUUUUCUUUCAGGAGAGAUUCUGCGAGUGUGUGAUUUUCUGAGAUCUACAAAUGAGCAGUCUGUAGAAAUAUUAGACAUAACACUGUGUUCAAUGACUUGUGAUUUCCUUCAUUGUUGGGCGUCUUACGUACCCCACUGCAGUCUGUAUUAAAAAAAAAAAAAAAAAAAAA